GGAUUGUGACCGUGUUGUCUCUUGAUUCGCAAUGGAAGCUGUGUGAGAGCUGGCCCGCCUGAAAUGCGUUUAAUGCACCAGCUUUUAUGCUCCGGAUUCUUUGAAUGACACCGCUGUGUUGUUGUUAUUGAGGGCUGUUGUCUGUCCUCUAUAGCUCCUCCUGCAGUGUGAGUGUCAGGUGUGUGUGCGUGCACCAUGGCUAGCCUCCUCCGAGUUGUGGCGGCCAGCUGCUCAGCGCCUGUGUUCAGCGGGGUUUCUGCUGUAAAGCUGCAGAGUGGCCGUACCAUCAAGUCAACAUGUCUGCGGUUUUUUAGGACCCAUCAAGCUCUCGGGCGAUGUGCUAGUCCAGGUAUUCCAUACAAACAACUCACAGUCGGAGUUCCCAAAGAAAUUUUCCAGAAUGAACGCAGAGUGGCGCUAUCGCCUGCCGGCGUCCAGGCACUCAUCAAACAGGGUUUCAAUGUUGUUGUGGAGUCCGGAGCUGGAGAGUCUUCCAAGUUCGGUGAUGAACAGUACGCCCAGGCCGGAGCAACAAUUAAAGACCUCAAAGAUGUCUUAGCAUCUGAUGUGGUGGUUAAGGUCCGUGCUCCUAUUUUCAACCCUGCUCUGGGUGUGCAUGAGGUGGAUAUGAUGAAGGAUGCAUCUACUUUGAUCAGCUUCAUCUAUCCAGCUCAGAACCCUGAGCUGAUGGACAUGCUGUCCAAGAAGAAAGCAACUGUCCUGGCUAUGGACCAGGUGCCCAGAGUCACCAUUGCCCAGGGUUACGAUGCACUGAGCUCCAUGGCAAACAUCGCAGGGUACAAGGCAGUGGUGCUGGCAGCUAACAGCUUUGGACGGUUUUUCACUGGACAAAUUACAGCAGCCGGGAAAGUGCCUCCUGCAAAGGUGCUCAUCAUUGGAGGUGGCGUGGCUGGGUUGGCAGCAGCGGGCACCGCCAGAGCCAUGGGAGCCAUUGUCAGAGGAUUUGAUACGAGAGCUGCAGCUUUGGAGCAGUUUAAAUCUCUGGGUGCAGAACCACUGGAGGUGGACAUUAAGGAGUCAGGAGAAGGCCAGGGAGGCUACGCCAAGGAAAUGUCUAAGGAGUUUAUAGAGGCAGAGAUGAAGCUGUUUGCUAAGCAGUGUCAGGAGGUGGACAUUGUCAUCAGCACUGCUCUUAUCCCUGGUAGGCGGGCACCCAUCCUAAUCACCAAGCCAAUGGUAGAAAGUAUGAAAGAUGGCUCAGUGGUGGUGGACCUGGCUGCUGAGGCAGGUGGAAACAUUGAAACCACAGUACCUGGAGAGCUGUCUGUAUACAAGGGCGUGACCCAUGUUGGCUACACAGACCUACCCAGCCGUUUACCAACUCAGUCCAGCACUUUGUAUUCCAACAACAUCACCAAGUUGAUCCGGGCGAUCAGCCCCGACAAGGAGAACUUUUACUUUGAUGUCAAGGACGAGUUCGACUAUGGGACCAUGGAUCACGUUGUCAGAGGAUCUGUUGUCAUGGAGAAAGGAAAGAACCUGUUCCCCGCUCCUCAGCCUCUCAACGUGCCUGUCGCAGCGCCUCCUAAAACGAAGAGCGUCCAGGAACUGGAGGCAGAGAAGGCUGCACAGAUUUCCCCUUUCAGGGCCACACUCACCAGUGCUGGGGUUUACACUGGAGGCAUCGCCACCCUGCUUGGUCUGGGCCUGUCAGCUCCCAACGCUGCCUUCACUCAGAUGGUCACCACCUUUGGUCUGGCUGGCAUCGUGGGAUACCACACAGUGUGGGGAGUCACUCCUGCUUUGCACUCUCCUCUCAUGUCUGUCACCAACGCCAUCUCAGGUCUGACGGCUGUGGGUGGUCUGUCCCUGAUGGGAGGGGGCUACGUCCCAACUUCGACUGCUGAGACACUGGCUGUGCUCGCUGCCUUCAUCUCUUCGGUCAACAUUGCUGGUGGUUUUCUGGUGACUCAGAAGAUGUUGGACAUGUUCAAACGUCCCACUGAUCCCCCAGAGUACAACUACCUCUAUUUGCUUCCUGGUGGUGUCUUCGUCGGAGGCUACGCUGCGGCUCUGCAGUCUGGAUAUAACAUUGAACAGAUGAUGUACUUGGGCUCAGGCUUGUGCUGCGUUGGUGCCCUGGCUGGCCUUUCUAACCAGACCACAGCCCGUCUGGGUAACACUUUAGGUAUGAUGGGAGUCGCAGGUGGGAUUGCAGCCACUCUGGGUGCCCUCAAACCAAGUCCUGAGCUCCUGGCACAAAUGAGUGCAGCCAUGGCUGUGGGUGGCACUGCUGGCCUGGCCAUUGCUAAGAAGAUCCAGAUCAGUGACUUGCCCCAGCUGGUGGCUGCUUUCCACAGUUUGGUUGGCUUGGCUGCUGUGCUCACCUGUGUGGCUGAAUACAUGAUUGAGUACCCACACUUCGCCACAGACCCUGCAGCUAACCUCACCAAGAUAGUUGCUUAUCUUGGAGCCUACAUCGGUGGAGUCACUUUUAGCGGCUCUUUGGUAGCAUAUGGCAAACUGCAAGGUAUGUUGAACAGCGCUCCUCUGAUGCUCCCCGGUCGUCACGCCCUGAAUGCCACUCUUAUGGCAGCAAGUGUCGGUGGGAUGAUUCCCUACAUGCUGGAUCCAAGUUACACCACAGGCAUCACCUGUCUCGGAUCAGUGUCUGCUCUCUCUGCUGUCAUGGGUGUAACACUGACAGCAGCUAUUGGAGGUGCUGACAUGCCGGUGGUAAUCACCGUACUCAACAGUUACUCAGGCUGGGCCCUGUGUGCCGAGGGCUUCCUUCUCAACAACAACCUGCUGACCAUCGUCGGAGCUCUCAUCGGGUCAUCUGGAGCCAUUUUGUCAUAUAUUAUGUGUGUGGCCAUGAAUCGCUCACUGGCUAAUGUGAUCUUGGGAGGCUACGGCACAUCUUCCACCGGCACAGGAAAGCCCAUGGAGAUUACAGGGACACACACAGAAGUCAAUGUGGAUCAGACUGUCGAGAUGAUUAAAGAGGCCCAAAACAUAAUCAUCACUCCAGGUUACGGUCUCUGUGCUGCAAAGGCCCAGUACCCCAUUGCGGACUUGGUGAAGAUGCUCAAAGAGGCGGGCAAGAGAGUCAGGUUUGGUAUUCACCCGGUUGCUGGCCGUAUGCCUGGUCAGCUAAAUGUGCUCUUGGCUGAAGCUGGUGUCCCGUAUGACAUCGUCCUGGAAAUGGAGGAGAUCAAUGAGGAUUUCUCUGAAACUGACCUGGUCCUGGUGAUCGGCGCCAAUGACACAGUUAACUCAGCGGCCCAAGAAGACCCCAACUCCAUCAUCGCUGGUAUGCCCGUGCUGGAAGUCUGGAAGGCGAAGCAGGUGAUUGUGAUGAAACGCUCCCUGGGUGUGGGUUACGCAGCUGUUGACAACCCCAUCUUCUACAAACCCAACACUGCGAUGUUGUUAGGUGACGCUAAGAAGACUUGCGAUGCCCUACAAGCCAAGGUCCGGGAGUCCCAGUAACAUGCCCCCUGCUUCAACCAGGCACCUCCGCUGAGAGCACACACAUGGAGAGAGAAAGGACGAAAACAAUAAGGCUUAGUUUUUCCAAAAGUAUUCCAGCAUUCAGUUCAUCUUUGUCCAAUUGCAACGCAGCCAAGUGAACAAAGAUGAUUAAUAGGGUAAAAGCUUUUCUGCAAACCCUUUCUGUGAUCUAUAAAUAAAAGCAAAUUUGCUUUUGCAAUCAGAGCUGAAUAAUGCAGAUAUUGUAGAUUUAUCAUUUCCUAAUGAGGUAAUGCACAACUCUUUUUAUUUCUAGAUCUCAAAGAAAGGGUUUGUCAACUUUCUGCAUGUCUUCUGUUUAAUAAGGGGAGCAGCUGACAGCGAGUCAUCAUCAUUAUAGAGACGUAUAUUAAUGUAAAACAGCCACAAAUGUAGAUAAGAUGUUAGAGAUGAUGCAUUUCACUGUUAAGGUGUUUUAGAAAAUAGCCAAUAGCUAAAAGAAAUAUUAGACUUGGAUUGGAAUUUAAAAAAUAUGAUGGUGAAUCACCAGAGGAGGUAUGACAGACUUAAGCGCUAACAUUUUACCACCCUGGAAAGAUUCCUCGCCCCUUUUUCCCCCCACUUUGGUUUUGUUUUAGUCAUGUGUUCCCUUUGAUAGAUCUGCUCUUUUUCCCCCCCGUACAAGUAAAAAGAAAAAAGGCAGAAUAGUGCAACAUUUCAGUUCCAGUUUUAUACUGUAUUGGGAGAUUUUUUUGUAUUUGGUCUAAUAAUUAUUUUAGAAAAUGUCUGUAUUUAGUGCUGUUUUGCUUUUUCUCUUUUCACUUGAGUGUAUCUCGUGACCUUCCAUCAAUGCCUCGUGUUCACCAACCACACUUUGGUUCAAGAAAACAGCUGAGAAAAAAUCCAUUCAGACUUCUUCCGUCAGAUGAGCAAUGCAAUAAACCAAAAGCAUCUGAACGUUAUGUGUGCCACCACAGCUGUGCUGAACGCUAGUGAAGCCCGUCUCACUCUUACAAACACACUCUGAUAGCCGACUGGAUUUUUAUGAUGUGUUUGAACCAGAUGUGUUUCUUCUUUCUGUGUGGUUCAGAUAUUACAGUACACUAAAUGCUAUCCUGCUGGCCUUAAUGGUAAAGAAGGUUUCGUUUUUUUUUCUUUUAAGUGAAUGUGGCUCAUCCACUCCAAUGCGUGCCCUCAUUAUUGCUCUACAGUGAAAUGAAGGUUUGUAAAGUAGGGCCAUAUGUCCGUCGGCCUUGUUGCGUCGAGUCUAAGCAACUAAGCAGUUAUUUAAUUGAAAUUGUUGCCACGAUCCAGCAGAUAUGAGGUGUCCGUUAUCAUGAAGUACUUCUAAAAUCUUUAUUUCUUCCUUUCUUUUAUUAAAGUCCAAAACACAAAAGAAGUGCCAAAUGGCCCCUCGAAUUCGGAAAGAUUUGCGUUAUGAAAAAACACUUGAGUAGAUCACAGACCAAAAAAAGAUGGCAGCUUCCACUUUCUACCUGUUGUGUCACAACUGAGUCAUGUUUGAACGUGCUCCAUUUAUUUUCUGCUGCAGUUGCACUGCUGCAGCACAUCAAUUGGCAAGAAUGUAUAUUGUGGCGUAGUUUGAACAAUAGUCAUGAGGUAACAUGUGAGCAGUCUUCAUCACUUUGUAAUCUACAAGUACUGUAUGCAUUAGUUGUUAUAGUAUCAUCCUGGGACCUGAUAUGUUGACAACUGUCCUACCUCUCCAUGAUAUGGCCAAUACCUUUCCACGGGACCUUCACCUGACCAGUCACCUAUUACGUAAUCAAGCACAGGAUCAGGACAGACAAAUUCCAACCAAACACAGGACCAAUAGCCUUCUGUUUUGUGUUCAUGUUGCAUUUUUUAACCACCUGACCUCAGUUUGCUGCCAGCAUGUUUGCUUUGUUGUGCAAGUGUAGAGCUGCACAUGUCACUAGUGCUCAUGAGGGCCUAUCGUUCUCACGUCUUAGCUUCCACAAGGAAAUGCAUUCUUUGUUUGAUAUCGAGCAAAUUAAAAGUGAUGGAAAAUCUUGAUAAUUCUGCUAGUAUGCCUCCCCCCUUAUGCCUGUUGCGUUUCUUCUUCUUUUUAAGGAAAGUAUUUUUGUAAAGAGGCAGAGCAACAAUGAGGUUUUAAAGUUGUACAACGUUUCAGUGCACCAUGUUAGGGAGACGAACUGAUGAAAUGUACUGUGAACUUGUUUUUUCCCCUCUUUUGUUUGUCAUGGAACAUUUUCAUCCCUAAUAAAUCUGUAUUUAC